UUAAUUUAUAAAACACAAUUAUUUUAUGUUACUUAAAUUUGAUUCUUUAACUUUGUAUAAAGAACUAAAAUAGCAAUAUAAUAUUUAAAAUAUCAAUCAUUUUACUAAAUAUAUACAGUAGCCGCCGCUUAUUGGACUCACGGUUAAUUGACUCAUUCGUCUAUUAGACUCAAAACGGCUGGCCCCGAUUUGCAUAUAUACUAACACACAGCAAAAAAUUCGUCUAUUCGACUCACACACCGGUUAUUAGGGUCAUUUUAAAAUCAGAUAAACAAGGAAAAUAUGCACAUACAUUGAAAAAACGUGUUAUAAAUAAGUCGGUACCGGUACAUAUUUUGCUUUUAUCGCGGAGAUAAAAUAAAUUACUUUUCACGAUAAACCAAGCAGUCGUCAAUGUCAAUUAGUACGGCAGGUAGUGUAUGAAUAGACGUCGUCGUGUUUAGUGUGUUGUCUGCGUUUACAUUCUGUGUGAACAUUUUUAUUUAUCAUGUUACAAUGAACAAACGACGUGAUUUGAGUGUGGAAGAAAAAUUAGAUGUUCUUAAAAAAUAUGACGAGCUUCCGAAAACGAGCCAGCGACAAGCAGCAUGUAAGUUGAACGUGUCUCAAAGUUUACUAGGUAGGAUGCUGAAAAGUCGACAGGAAAUCGAAAACGCAUCAUUAGAAAAUGUGAAUUCAAACCGUGAAAGAAAAAGGGUCGGUAAAGAAGAAGUUGAAGAAGCUUUAAAGCAAUGGUUCACAAAAGUCAGACAAAAAGAUGUCCGAGUUACAGGACCACUUUUGCGCCAAAAAGCCGAAGAUCUUGCGAAAAAAAUAGGCAAAGAUAAUUUUGUGGCAACAGAAGGUUGGUUUCACCGAUGGAAGAAACGCGAAAACAUUUCAUUCGUUAAGCCACAUGGAGAACAGGGAGAAGCCAACCAUGUAGCUGCACGGUUGUGGAUUCAUUCAGAAUGGCCAUCACUUAUCGCCAAACAUCCUCCGUCUUGUGUGUUCAAUGCGGAUGAAACUGGACUUUAUUUCAGGGCAUUACCUGAGCACACUUACGCGUUCAAAAAUGAAAAAACUAGAGGAACUAAAACUAGUAAAGAACGUCUAACCAUAUUAUGUUGUGCGAGUAUGGAUGGUGAAAAAAGAAAACUGCUUGUGAUUGGUAAAAGUAAAAAUCCCCGGUGUUUCAAGGGUGUUAAGAAUCUACCGGUAGACUAUACUGCAAACAGUAAUGCAUGGAUGAUAAAAGAAAUUUUCACCGAAUGGCUGAUCAAGUGGGACAAUGAACUUCAUCAUGACGUUUUAUUGCUAGUCGAUAACUGCACGGCUCAUGUGGUUACAGUGAAAUGUACCUGAAAAAGAUUCAAUUGAACGAAAUGUUUCAUUUAUUGGCAUCUGGAUUAGUCUUUUCUUAUUUGGUGUUACUGAUGUUGUUGGUGUUGAUGAUACUACACA